AUGGCUCCAGUAUGGUCCCAGUACGGCCCUCUGUAUGGCUUCAGUGUGGUCCCAGUAUGGCUCCACUAUGGUCCCAGUCUGGUCCCAGUCUGGUACCAGUAUCGUCCCAAUGUGGUCCCUGCCUGCUCCCAGUAUGGUCCCAUCUGGCCCCAGUAUGGCUCCAGUAUGGUCCCAGUAUGCCUCCAGUAUGGCUCCAGUAUGGUCCCAGUAUGCCUCCAGUAUGGCUCCAGUAUGGUCCCAGUAUGCCUCCAGUAUGGUCCCAUGGAGCGCCGCCGCCGGGACAAGAUCAACAAUUGGAUUGUGCAGCUCUCCAAGAUCAUCCCAGACUGUGGGGCUGACAACAGCAAGACUGGGGCGAGCAAGGGAGGGAUCCUGUCCAAGGCCUGCGACUACGUGCGGGAGCUGCGGCAGAGCAACCAGCGCCUGCAGGAGGCCUGCAAGGAGGCCGAGCGCCUGCAGCUGGCCAACGAGCUGCUGCGCCAGCAGGUGGAGGAACUGAAGUCGGAGAACUCCCUGCUCAGAGCCCAGCUGCAGCAGAGGGGCCUGGAGGGGACCCCCGAGGGGACCCCCCAGUGACCCCCCCCGGCCCCC